CAACUAUAUAAACGGUUGUUAAAAGAAUGAACAACUAUAGAAAAAAUAUUGGAAAAGGAAACCAAAUAUAUAAAGGGGUCAAAGAGACUUAUAACCCACGAAGAACCAGAACGAAAACAAACAACAAAAUCAGAAUUAAAGAGACCGAUCUUCUCUCUUUCUCUCUUUCUCUCCCUCUUGUCCCUAUGGAAACCCAACUCUCAAACGCAGACACUGAUUCCCUCCAGCAACUCUUAAAUUUGAGCCUCGGAGCUAAAGACAGCACCACCAAAAUCGUCGUCAACGGAUCACGAUCCGCAAACUCCACCAAUAAUCCACAGUACCAGCCUUUGGACAUCGAGUUCGUGGAGAAGAUCUUGAACUACAAGUUCAAAGACAAGAGUUUGCUGCUGCAAGCGUUCACAGACGCUACUUUCGAUGAAAACUGUGUUUCGUAUGAACGCCUUGAGUUCUUAGGAGACACAGUCUUAAAUAUGGUUAUAACCAAAUAUUUAUAUAAUCGAUACGGUGAUUGUUCUCCAGGUUUGUUGACCAAUCUCCGAGCGGUCAACGUUGAUACAGAGAAACUUGCUCGAGUCGCCGUAAAACACAACCUCCAUCGCUGUCUCCGUCAUAAAAAACCCUUGCUUGAGGACCAAAUUUUGGAAUUUACAAAAGCAAUGGAAAAAUAUCCAUUACAUUCGCGUGGUCUAUUGAAAGUCCCUAAAUCUCUAGCAGACAUAGUAGAGUCUACCAUUGGAGCUCUAUACACCGACUGUGACUCCUUCGAGACCGUGUGGAAGGUGGUAAUGCCAUUGUUGGAGCCGAUAAUAUCUUUAGAUAAACUGGAGAACCAUCCAAUGACAGAACUCCAUGAAAUGUGUCAGAAGAAGAACUUGAAAUUGAGGUUCGACGACAGUACUUGGGAAGUUGACAAAAGGGUUCUUGUCUUUAUUGAGGAACAUCUGGUUGGACGUGGACAUCAUCUAGCCAAGAAAGACAGUGCUAAAAAUUGCGCUGCAAAAGAUGCUCUAGACAAUUUUUCCUGUUUCUUUACAAAGAUGUAAUAUCAUAUAUUAAAUUUGUAUGAAUUCUCUUGUAAAGAUUGUAUUAUUUCUUUCUAUUUGAAUCAACAUGAAUAAAAUUGGGCUACUAGCCCACCAUGUCAAAUUUUAUAUA